GCUUCCUCACGCGAUUCCCUUCCCCCUCAGGGAUCGCGCCGGGAGUCGGGCUCGGGGCCGCCGCCGCCUCUGCGGCCUCUGCUGCCACCAUCGCCUUAUUCCCCCCUCCCCGCCCCAUCCCUCGCCAUGGCCGAGGACCUCUCCGCGGCUACGACCUACACCGAAGAUGAUUUCUACUGCCCCGUCUGUCAGGAGGUGCUCAAAACGCCGGUGCGGACCGCGGCCUGUCAGCACGUUUUCUGUAGAAAAUGUUUCUUGACUGCAAUGAGAGAAAGCGGAAUACAUUGUCCCCUGUGUCGUGGAAAUGUGACUAGAAGAGAAAGAGCAUGUCCGGAACGAGCCUUAGAUCUUGAAAAUAUCAUGAGGAAGUUUUCUGGUAGCUGCAGAUGCUGUGCAAAACAGAUUAAAUUCUAUCGAAUGAGACAUCAUUACAAAUCUUGUAAGAAAUAUCAGGAUGAAUAUGGUGUUUCUUCUAUCAUUCCAAACUUUCAGAUUUCUCAAGAUUCUGUAGGGAACAGUAACAGGAGUGAAACAUCCACCUCUGAUAACACAGAAACUUAUCAAGAGAAUUCAAGUUCUGGGCAUCCUACCUUUAAGUGUCCCUUGUGUCAAGAGUCAAAUUUUACAAGACAGCGUUUACUGGAUCACUGUAACAGUAACCACCUAUUUCAGAUAGUUCCUGUGACAUGUCCUAUCUGUGUAUCUCUUCCUUGGGGAGAUCCUAGCCAGAUUACUAGAAAUUUUGUUAGUCAUCUAAAUCAAAGACAUCAGUUUGACUAUGGAGAAUUUGUGAAUCUUCAGCUAGAUGAGGAAACCCAGUAUCAAACUGCUGUGGAAGAAUCUUUUCAAGUAAACAUCUGAAAUCUAUAGACAUCUCUGCAUCUUUGUACCUGCAAGUGCCAUCUUUAAGGGGAAAACUACAUGAAGUCAACAUUUCAGUAACUUGAUGUGUAUAUUAAUAAAGUAAUUCAGUCUAUUGUUUCAGUUUUUAAUUGAAAAAAAUGGCCACCUUAAAACUUCAUCUUCUUGACAAGAAACAAAAGUUAAAGAUAACUUAGAAGUAUAAAAAGGAUUAUAUUUCACUAAUGUGAAAAGGGAAUCCCUGUUUUAUGUUUUUUUUAUAUUAUAUAUUCUAGAACUUUUUAUUAUGUUGCUUUUAAAUUUUGGUGCAGUUCUUCCUAUUUACUAUUUUGUAUAUGCAGUAGUAGAUUCUAAAAUUUGUGAUUGCUAUAAACCUAACAAACCUGAGCCAGUCGUCAGAGUUGCAGAAUGGAAACUUGAAGCGUUAAGUAAAUUAAUCCAAAGGAAAUUUUUAAAAAUGCAGAUUCUAGCUGAAGAAUUCAAAUAUAAACAAAUUGUAUUUAUAUAGCACUUAGUUAUUUUUGAAGGCUAGUGAUAUUUCUCCCAAUUUUAUCUCUGAGAGCUCAUUGUAAGGCUAUUUUCUUUUUGUUAUAGAUGGAAAUAUGAAGAGAAAAUUUUCUUUCAUGCACAGUUGAAAUAUCAGUCUCAUGUGACAAGAUAUACUAAGCUAUGUAAUUUUUGGCCUCAGACCUUUCAAUAGUCAUUAUUCUCAUUAGCUAAAAUUAAACUUACUAGAAACAAAAUUGUUGAUACUGUAUUCUGCAAAUAAACUUAAGUUUAAUACACACACAUGUAACUUUGCAUGCAGUUUUUCAGGUUGUAUACAGAAUUUUUAUUAAGGCUUUUAAAAUGGACUAACAGUAUAGGUUUGAAGUAUUUAUCUGAUUUGAUUAAAUUUUGUAUGUCACCAAAUUUUUAAAAAACUAAGAUUUUGAGUGGUAUAGUUGGCUGCUAUUACAUCUUAAAAAUUAAGUUUACACACAAAAGUACUUGCUUAUCUAUGGUGCUCAUUUGUUACUCUCAAAAAUAAUGUGUGACUGAUGUAGUGAGAUAGAUUUUGCCAGCCACUGUUUCACUACUUUAAGGUCAAAACUAGGUUUGUUCUUAGUAUUCAGUAACAGGAAUUAUAAUGUAUCUUGUAGGUGGGUCAAAUCACAGGAUAAAAGAUGAAGAAUGGUUUUGCAGACAUUCCAUGUUAAUAUACAAUGUUUAUGCUUUCUUUAAACACAAAAUCUCCAAAGUAGUUUGCUGCUAAUAUAUACAUAUAUUGUAUAAAAAGGUAUAUUUUGGUUUCCUUAAAACCCUUGUUGACUUUUCUACGGUGAACAUUUUUUUACUUGAUUUAAUAAAAAUGUUAAUUUUGGAAGUGGAGUUUUGUAAAAAUGCUUUUAGUCAAACAGUUAUGACUUUAUUUAUAGAUUGUAAUACAGUCACACACAAAAAGCCAUACAUCUUACUGCCUUUGUUCUGCAUUCUAAGAAUGGAGUUCAUUGUGUGGCUCAGCAUUUUCUCUGUGUUACAUGAUUGUAACUUUAAAAAUGGUUGUAUAAUGAACUCUUUUUCAAAAGAGACUUCUGACAUAGUUUUUUCCAGUUCAAAGCAAUAAUUUUAGUAGAUUCUUUCAACAUUUAUAAUGUGUUGAGUAUGUCAAUUUAAAUCAUUCUGGGCUUUGCAAACUUCUUAAAAGGAAAAUUGUAGUAGAGAUCACCUUGUGUUUUGAAGUUUUGUGGAUAACAAAUAUUAGUAGACUUUUUUGUGUGUCUUACAUAGAUGUUUUUCAUAAGGAAAAUAGUGACUUUUUCCCUACUUUUCUCUGGGACCACCUCAGUAUGGAAAUAAUUGUUAAAAAAAAAAACUCCCCUUUUUAUGUCAGUGGAUUGGGAACAGGGACAGGCUUUGCAGUUUUAAUUCAUGGACAUUAAAUUCAUGGAAAAAAAGUCCUUAUUUUAAUAUUGCCAAUAGCUGAGUCAGGAUAAAGGAGGAAAGCUGUAUUAGUACUCUGAUAGCUAAAUUUCAUAAUAUCGUUUAGAAAGCUAUUCUCUCAACAAAUUACAGUUUAUGUUGUUAAAGAGUCUUAUUUGAGAUGUAUUGCCUUAUUUUUCAAUUAAAAGUGGUUUUCUCCUA